AUGUCGUCCGUCUUCUCGUCGCCUCGCAGCGCCGUGCCACGCGACGGCCGCGCCCGUCUGUUCCCGCCCCGCGCCAUGCCCGGCGCGUACAACCCCUUGCUGCACGCGCGCGGCAAGUACGAACCGGGAGUGCCCUACUUCCACGCGCCUCCGGCGGCGCUGCGCCUGUCGGGUCCGUCGACGUCCGCGGCCGCCUAUGCGCGGCCGACCCCGAGCCCUAGUGCUUCACUUACCACCAAUCACAGCAGCGCCUCGAUUACCCCGCCGGCCCCGAGCAGCCAUCAUCUUCCUGCUACCGCCACCACUAACAGCAAUAACAGCACUAGCAGCAACAAUAGCAGUUGUAGUGCCAGUGCCAAGCGGUCGCGGGAGGACCUCAACCAGAAGGAGAAGCAGCGGAUGCUCAAGCUCAAUGACCGCAUCAGUCAGCUCAAGCAGCUGCUGGACGAGGCCGGCGUGCAGACGAAGAAGAACAAGCAGUCGAUCUUGGACAACACGUCGCAGUACAUUGAGACGCUGCGGAGCGACCUCGCGAUCGCGCAGCGCAAAGCCGACGCGGCCGAGAAGCAGACAGAGAAGCUGCGGCUGACGCAGAAACGGGGCAAGACCGACCACGUGAUUGCAGACACGUUCCAGAAGACCACGACGCCGCGCGUGGUGCUGGACAUGGACAUGAAGACGGUCGUGUUCAACGCGGCGUUUGUCCAGUUCACGGGGCUGUCGGAACUCGUGCUCAAGCGGAAAAAGACGCUCCGGCCGUUCUUGUGCACGGACGCCGCCACGUUCGAGCGCAUGAUGAAGAACGUGCGGGAGACGCGAGAGUCGACGAGUGCCGUGGUAAAGACUGCUGUGGGACCGCACGUGGUGUUGGUCGCGGCUAUCGUGGCGGACGACGACGGCGACGAGCCGAACGUAGAGUUUUGUCUGAUUCCCAUUGAGAUGGAGCAGUAG